AUGGAUACCAUCUUGGUCUUCAGCCUCAUCGUCACAUCCUAUGAUGCCAACAGGAAAGCCCUCAGAGAUAGCAGUUGCCAAGUAGAACAGCUGCCUGGGCUCUUCCCAAAGGAUGUGAGAAGCAUCAGGGAUUUGCUUAUGAAAGAAACGCACACAGAAGCCAAAAGGGCCACAUUCACCCAAAACUGGACUGUGGCUACCCUGCAGUGCCUUGGCUCUGAGAGCAAAGUGAAAGUCAACCUUGUAUAUUCAGAGAAAAAGCCAAAGGUCAAGCACAUUCUGAAGAACCUGAGAGUCAUUACUGCUCCUCAUGGGAACAGUUCUUCCUCUCCAAGGUGUCGCCUGACUCUCACAGCCAAGUUUCAGACUGGAUCCAUGCUAAAAGGCCAAGCUGUUUUGCCAGGGAUCUCCCAAUGUAAGGUCUACCCAGUGAUGGAGGCUUCAUUGGAGACUUUUUCUACCACCAACACCUCCAUAGCUCCUCGGACUACAAAAGGAGAAAAAACUACAAGUAUUGAAACAGAUGAGAACCUAGAGAAGAGGAGGAAAUGGAGUAUUGUGGUCAAAUCUCUGAUUGCUGUCACCCUGUUGUUGAGUGGAGUCGCCAUUACAGUAUUUGUCAUUUUUGAAGUUCCAUGCCCUAGUCGAUGUCAUAGAGCCAGACAGCUGUGCCAAUGCCAGAGGUUGUGUAGAAAGCAAAAGAAAGGAGACCAACAACCUGAGAUACCAGAAUCCCAGCUUGACUCUCAGCCCAAGAAGGAAAGUAUUCUCUAUUUGAUUUCUGUUGGACAAGAUGCUCCCAACUCAUCAAACCCAAAGAAUGCUGCAGGGAUCACUAUUAUCCACCAGACACACUUCUGAAAAGUUCUGCUUUGCCUCACACAUUGAAUGAAUUAUACUGCACUUUCUUUUCCCUAUUAAGAAUUGAUAUGGACAGACCUUGCGUUUUACACUCCUGUCUUCAGCAGAGACAUUUCAAUCAGACAGUAAUACCAGGCCAAUGAAGGGAGUACCUGGCUCAGCAGGGUUACUAUUAUGCCACUGCUACUGACGCAGCUUCGAGCCUCUGUAAUCCACUUUGUACAUCCAUAAAUGUGGGUAUCUUCCCAUGCCACUAAGGGAAAACAAAAAGCUUUCUCUCCAAGCACUGUGAAUGGACCUUAUUGCUCUUUUUGACAAAAGACAUAAACACAGCCUACAAGAAAAUGGGCAAGGCAGCUGUUAGUGUGGCACAGCUCCCAACUCCUCCGCUAGCCUCACAGCUGACGUCAUGCCCACUGGCUCUUGACUGGCUUACAGUGGGGUUUCUGCUCUCCCAGCUUCACAUUCAUACGGUUUAACAAUUUAGCCUCUUCCACUACAUGUAGAUAUCGACACACUGGUAAAGGGACCUGGACACUAAGCAUCCCAGAAGUCCUCCUCCUAAGUCAUCCCCAAGGGGCUUAGGGACAACAGACAAACAGUAUUCGAGUGAAGUCUCCUGAAUCCAGAAUUUGCAGGCUGGUACUGACAUUGCACCCUACUUCGUGGGUAAGCAGCAUACAUUAUGGAGCAGUAUUCUAGAUCCCAAUGAUUAUGACGAUGAUCUUUGUCACAUGGGUAUAGCAAUGAGUUGAGUCUGGCCUGCUUAAAUAAGAAUUUGGUGAGAAAGUGGGAACAGGUGAUCUUGAAGGACUGUUUUCGUGAAAAAGAAUGGCAAAAGGUGUGUGCUCCUUUUCAGAAGAGUGAAAUCAUUCCAUUUAUUUUGGUGAAAUGUGUCUGCUUUUAA